AUGUCUGGUAAAUUUAAAAUUGACGUUGCUCGUAGUCAAACACUCUCAUAUAUCUCUUCAUUCGCUGGUGCAGAAAGCAAUAACGUUGAGGAUGAGCAAAAGAAUAAGAAUAAACUAGCUCAAUCAGAUAAUUAUCACAUUGGAUCAAAACCUCAUGACUUUUUGCUAAACAUACCUAACAGCAAAAGGGUUGACUCUCUGAGAUUGUCUCCUUUCCAAGCGAAGGCUUUAAGCAACAAGUUAAAAAAUUUGGACAUUGUUAUAAAUGCAAGCAGUGAGUAUGACUUAGAUAAAGACUCAAUUGUUUAGAGCAGAGAAUCCCUCGAGCAAGAUGCUGCCAUUAAUUAAAAUGCUAAAUAGAAUUACAAGGAAAGUGCUUUUAAGCAAAAUUUCAAUUAAAAUCUUAAGAAACACCUUUAAUCUUCGCUUUUUAGUGCAAAUUAAUUAGAAAACAGCUCUAAUGUGACAGGAAUCCCAGCCAAUCUUGCUGUUAGCUAAGACUAAGGAGAAAAUCGUUUCAGCUAGAUCAUGAGUAUGCUAAAGGUUCCAGAAAAUCAAAAUGGACUUGAUGGAUCUUAAUAUGGAAGUAUAUAUUCUAGCAAGCAACUUAAAGCCUCAAACGCUUUUAAAGAAAAAGACUGCUCUAUUAUAUACAAUAGCUGUCAAAUAAAUAUUAGCUGUAGUCUCUCUGUGUAAUUACUCAAUCAAUCAAAGAAGUUGUAGUAAAAAUAAUAAUCUUAAAAUCUCCAAAAAAAAAAUAGUCUUGCUGAAGAAGAUGAGGAAAACUCUUCUAUGCUAUUUUCAAAUCCUAAGUACAAUAAAGACUAAAUCUCUUCACCGGAUGUUGAGAAGCAAAUUAUCAAAGAAUACACUUAAAGUACCAUCUCUAAAAUAAUGUAUUUAGAUUCCAAGACAAAUGAAUUAGAAUCCCUAGAAAAUUAAGAUGUCAAACUCUCGAAAAAAAUAGCUAAGUAUGUAACUAAUAGACUGAGAUUGGUUAAGCGUGCUCCUUUUAGUUCCAUUUAGCUCUCCGACUAAUUAUGUACAUCUUCAACUAUUUCAUAAAGUAAUUUUGCUAAGAGUAAUGGUAUAAGUAUGAAUCAUAGAUUUAUGUCUAAUCAGGACUAUUAGACAUUCCACAGUAAUCAACCAUCUAUUGUUAAAAGAAACCCACACUAUAUUUCUAAGAUACAUUUGGACAUUGACUGCCUAAUUCAGAGAGACAUCUGCUUAACUUCAGAAGAAUUUUAUACUUUUGUUCUUCCUCUUGAUGCCCAUUUCCCUAACGUUAUAAUGACAGGAACACUUACUGGUAAAAUUUUACUAUUUUAGCUCUGCAAAGAUUAACAAAGAAAGAAAUACGUUCAGAAACUAUCCAAAUAAAUUUUCCCUAAAUCAAGUGAAGAAAGGUAGGUUUAUCCAACUUGUGCUGCCUAGUUUAAAUCUAACUUUUACAUAGGUGGUAGUGAUGGCUCUGUUUACCUAUUUGACUUCAAGAAGAAAGAAGUUGUGAGCAUCCUUGAAAAUUAGUGCUCAGUUAUUCCUGAUAACUGCAAUCUUGAAUGCAGUGUUGCUUUUGGACUAUCUCUAGGACUAGAAUAGAAUGAAGAAAAUGAAGAAAAAAAUAAAACUGCUUUUUCUGUUAAAAAUUUGAAAGCUACAUCAAAAAAAUUAAUUUUUGGAAGAAAUGAUGGAAUGGUUAUUGUGGUUGACUCGUAAAAUUUAAACGAAAUAAUAUUCUAAAAGAGAUUUGAAGGAUUAGUCAAGUGUGAUUUCUCAUGUGGCAAUGAAGACAAUAUUAUUGUGCUCACCGAUGAAAAACUUGAGGUCAUUCACACAACAAAAGAAAAAGUAAUUUUUAAAAUGAAGUCAAGUGUGCAAGAACAAAUGAAUUUCGCUGACUUUUAAGUAAAUUCAGUGACUAAAGAAAUAAUUGUGUUGUAGAACAAUCAGAUGAUAUAAACAUCUAAAAUUUAAAUACUAAGAAAUUCAUCCUCUAGAAUAAGAACAGUUGAAACCAUAAAAAUUGAAAAUUUGAUAAUUUCUAUUGCACUUGAUAAAUAGAUGGAAAAUAUGUUUUGCAUCUCAUAGACCGAGAUAUGUAUUUGGAAUAUCUUUAAUUAAAAAGAAUUUUAACAAAUCCAGUAAUCCAUUUUAGAAAAGGUGCAAGAUCCUGAAGAUAUUUUGACUACCAAUGACUCUUGCUAUUGA